AGAAUCGAAGUUAUUUUUAAUUAAAUUUGUAAAAUAAGAAUUAUCUACUAGCAAAAAUGUACACCGCUCUCUUGCUAGUGAUUGCUGUUAUCGGAAUAGUAGAGGCUAGAGUUUUGACCAGCGAACAAAAUAAGAAAAUCAUCGAUUGGAGCAAGGAAUGCCUCAAGGAGUCCACCGUAGACAUGGAUGUCCUGCUGGAUGCUGCCAAAGGCGAAUUCGCAGACGAUCCUAAACUCAAGAAGCAUAUCCUCUGUUUCAACAAGAAGAUCGGAGUUCAGGACUCUGACGGGAAAAUCGUUAUGGACAAAAUCAGAGCCCACUUGACUGAUGCCACCGGGGAUCCUAAGGAAACCGAAGAGAUUAUCAAAAAAUGCAUGAUCGAGCAGGAUACGCCUGAAGAUACAGCGUUCGAAACGGCGAAAUGUCUGCAUCAGAUGAUACCACAUGAAACAGAUUCAGAGUAAUACAGGAACUGAUUGAAUGAAAUGAAUUCGGAGUUAUAGGUUUUAGAUAAUAUAUCAUUCAAAAAAUAA